GGAUUGUGCCAUUCGCGUUAUUAUCAGCGAAGGAAAUAUUGAAGCGCUUUAGCAAUCAACAUCGAAACGUUUCACGUUGUCGUUGGUGUCGUGUAUUAUUCUUUUUCGUUCAGAUUUUUUUCGUUCAUCCAUCUCUCGUUGCUCUGGUGGCGUUUGCCUCAUAAAAUUUCGGUGUGGAUUCAAUGUGCAUAUUCGUUAACACAUUUCAUUGUCAUCGCAAGCCGAAGACUGUGCAAAUGUGUGUGCGUCGUUUUCCGCGUCAUCAUUAUCAUCGAAAAACAGAAGCUGCACGAGAGGAGAAAACGCGUGACGACAUUUCUUAAUUACAAUUGGAGUGCUGGAAGUUACAUAACAAAGAAGCAGAAUUUAAAGAAAAAAUAACAACGAACCAUAUAUACACACGCAUACGAGACGAGACAGAGAAGAACCUGGGAAAGAAAAGUAAAAGAAAAGCACUGUGAAGACAGAGCGGCAAAGCAAUCAAAUUAAAGUAUAGAACAAAGUACUUGUAGAAGAAGAAGAAGAAGAAGAAGAAGCACUAGCAGCAGAGGCGACAAAGUAGUGUACAAACAACAUGCAUGGCUAUCCUGUGAUGCAAGUAGUUCAAUACAGCGUUCCGCCAUGCUCUUGGCCACCACCAGUCGAUUCGCAUCGUUCAUCGCAGCCAACAUCUGUGUCACCGCGAGCUGGCAUUCGAAAAUAUGUUGUUUGGUGCUUAAUAUGCGGCGGUCUAUCAUGUCUACUUGGCACUAUGUUCCUCGGCGUGUAUUUUUUGGUGCGAUCGUAUACAAGCACGAUAGGCUACUUUGAAACAGUUCCAACAUUUGUUCCCGCCACUUUGUUAAUGUUGACCGGACUGUGCAUCAUAAGCUUAGCUAGACGACGAAAUCGCUAUAGUUAUUUAAUCAAAUUAUCUGGAGCAUGUGGCUUAUCGUCGGCGCUGACGUGCGCUUUGUCUACAGUUACAACAACUGUAAUACACAUGAGCCGAUUGCAGGCAUUACGAGAAUGCGAAUACACAAGAAAAACACGAACGUGUACGUGCUACUCGGUGGAAACGCAUACAAUGCAGGAUGAAAACGGAAACCUCGGUGCAAAUGAUGAAAUUGGCGGCUAUCGAUUUGUAUUUGAUUCGGCCGAUGAGUGUACCGUUGUGCAUAAUGCACUGUACAGCUGUUUACGUGCCAUUUUCGGAAUUUCUGUUGCUGGUGUAUUGGUUGCCGUUUUCAGCUGCAUGUUGGUAUAUCAAUUGCUGAGUCAUGAGAGAAAGAAAAUGAUUUGGGAACAGUUGGAAUUGCGACGACGACAAGCUUAUGGUAGACAAAGCCCGCCGGGAUGGCCACCAUUGGGCAAUGGACCGUCGAUCAUUGGAACUCCACGGAAUGGCCCAUGUAGAUGCUGCGAACAAUGCCAUUCACACAGGAAUAUGAUGCAACCCAGUUACUCAUGGGAUAGCGACAGUCGAUUCUGGUCACCACCACCAAACAGCGCAUAUUAUACACAAGGAGCCGAUGACCUGAUCGUAUCACGAAUGGUGAAUCAAAAUUCGUUGCAAACCCAACGGCCGGGAUGGAGUUGGCCACGCUUUCCCUGGCAACGAACUGAUAAUCAACGUUUCCGUCAAACGCCAUCUAGCCCAGAUUCGCAAUACGGUUUUUCGACAAAUAUGUCACGGCUCGAUAAUUCAAACAUGAUGCAAAGCUACACGUUAAUCAAUAAUCCACAUCAUUUUGGUAUUUGGGGUCCACCGCCACCGUAUUCCGAUCCAAAUAGUCCGGUGCGCCGUAAUCGAUAUCUCUACAAUCAAUGUCAACAGAUUACCGAGCAUUCGGGUGUUGUUAUCCAACCGAUAUCAGCCGCACCGCAUCAAACGAAUUUGAACAGUAUAGAUUGUACACAGCCAAUUGUCAGUGAAAAUCAUCAUUCAAUUGAACAAAUAUGUGCGACACCAACACAUUCCAAUCAUCGCAUAAAAAAUCGAUUGAAUGCAUUCAAAGCCAAAGAUUCCACCGAUUCGGCAACACUAUCGGACAGUGAUACACAACGUGAUUCGACCCAUUCAAAUACGUUACCCUUUCGAAAGGCACGAAAGAAGAUUGAAUGCGGUGCCAAAAGUAUCGGAUCAAAUCAGUCGACAUCACGUGUAAAUGUUCAAAACAUAUUUAGUUCGACGCAAAAUAUGUCGAUUAGUGGUCGUUUAGAUAAUGGUCGAUUACAUGAGAAUAUUCCCAGUUGUUCGUCGAAUUUUAUGCAUGCAAAAUUAAAAAAUGUGCCAAACACUGGGGUCGAAAACACGGGCUAUCAAUCGAUGGAGGAUAUGCUGAUUACUUCAUCAGCUGGAAAUUAUUCAGCAGACACUGAUGAACCGACAAUCAGCAAUUGUCGCGAUAUUUUCACACGAUCUCGAAUGCAUUUCCCAAGUCGUGACUAUGAAAAAUUGAAUACGUUCACGCCAAAUAUGCCACACUAUUCAUCAAUAUCACCACGGAAUCACAGUAGCAGCCAUUCGCUACCGAAGGACUUGACGCGGCACAGUAUUUGUUCGGCUGAAUCGGAAAAAACGGAAUACACUGACGUGUCACCAAUGACUCCAUCAACACCGUACACCGGUGAAGAUGCAAAUGCAAUCGCCUUAGCCUUUCAACGGGAAAUGAAACAUCAGCAACAGCAGCAGCAACAGCAGCAGCAACAGCAGCAGCAACAGCAAGCAUCACGGUCAUCGUACAAAGAUCAUGCAGAAGCAUGUAGUUCCAAUCGCAUGCCAAUGUACAGUUCACGGUAUUUCGAUAGCAUUGAACAUAAACGUGACACAUCAACAAACAAUAUCAGAGCAAAGAAUAUGCCGGAAAUUCAUAUGCGAUCAAUGCAACAGCAACAGCAACAGCAGCAGCAUUCCAAUGCUCCGGCCUCAAAUCAUUUGCUGUCAACGGACAAUGGAUCGUCUCUCGAUGAUUUAACCGCAUCGACGAACCUGUAUCAAAAAUUCGAACGGCAAAGUGUCUACCAGAGACCGACAUACUCAUUUGCAAGUGCGCACAGCACUCCGGGCCAUAGCCAUAGCAGUGGUAACAAUAUGAAAUCAACAACAACGCCCAAGAAACGCAACGUAUAUGCAACGCAUUCGCUUGGAUCUCCAUCAACAUUGGCGAGCAGCAGUGGCGUUGGUGAUAUUGACCUGGUGCGAUUGACGAAAGAUCGAUUCACCAAUAUGCGAAAAGAAGCCAAAGGUGAUGAUGUGAAUGCCAGCGGCAAAGACAGCGAUCGAAAAUCAUACGAUCAUAGUAAAAAUACACUGGGCGACAGCGAUUGGCCAGACCAUAACAGCGAUAGGCGUUUGUGAAAUGAAGUAUUUGUCUAGGCUAAUUGAAACUGUGUUGUUAAUUUCGUUUUCUUUUUUUAACAAUUGAUAAAUAAGGCAAUUUUAGUUGAAAAAUUCAUUUUAGGUGCAAUCAGCAGCAGUCGAUCACUUUGAAAAUUGCCUAAAAAUUUGUGAUAAAUGAAGACAUUUCAAAAGCGAAAACAAAAAUCGAAUGAAAACCAAAAAUAAAACCAAUUCGAUUCGAAUUUAAAAUCCGAUCCGUCAUUUUUACACGUUUUCAAAACGAGAAAAAAAGAAGUUGAAAAAGAGAGAGAAAAUAUGAAUCUCGGUUUGAUUAAGUUUUGAGCGUUAUAUUCGAAUUGAAUAUGAAUAUGCUUGAAAGAAUUCGUUUAAAUACGUUUCAACCAAUUCGAGCCCAUCAAAGAAUCAUUUAUAAAUUGACCGAAAAAAAACACACACAAACACAGAGGAAAAAAACCACUUACAUUUUAGACUAAAAAACACCCAAUUGAUUAGCUUUAUGAGCAGAAAAAUAGACAGUCGUUCGCCGAAGGAAAAAAAAGUGAGGAGAGAAAAAUGAAAAAUAAUGCAUUAGUUUAAGGUGAUGAUGAAAGCUGAUGUUUGUUUGUUUUUUUUCUCUGUAGAAUCCAAUUAAGUGAAUCGUUUCAGUUAUCCUGUACUUGUUUUGUGAAGAAAACUUAGUGAAUUGUCUGUGUUGUAUGAAGAGCGAAUGAGAAAUAGAGAGAGAGAGAGAGAGAGAGAGAGAGAGGGAGUAGUAGCAGUUUGCUGUAUAUUUAUUAGUGUUACGAAUAUAUUGCCAAAGAUUUGCACGUACACAUUUACAUAGUCGACAAUAAAAAAAACAUUGAACGAGAAGAAGAAGAAGGUGAAGUUGAAGAGUGGAUUUAUGAAAUUGUUAAAAUGAACGUUGAAAAAUUUGCAAGAUUUAUGGUUGUAAUCAGUGCGUGGAAAUAGGUUAAUUGCGACUCGAAAGCAAGACGUAUGAUGAAACAUUUCCUUUAUCUCUCUCUGUAUAUGAAAUGAUGGCCAUACUUUUUGCCCUUGCAUCCUUUUUAUUUCAUUUAAUGAGCUAUGUAUGUUUAAAAUGUGCUUCUUUAUUUUCUGCUAUGCCACCACCACGGCCGACGUCGCCCCUUUUUUUUAUAUAUAUAUAAACUCUCAGCCAGAGAAAAACGCAUACAUUUUGCUCGUUUCUAGUCUUUCAAUCGAUUUGUUCCUUCUUCUUUGCAUCAUCUCGUCCCUCCCGAUGAGUACAUAUAGUAGGAAACAGUCAAGUGCAGCAUAAAUGACAUUGCACCAUGAAAUUACCAUUUAAAAUAGUUGUCAAUAGAAUUACGCUAGUCUCACGCAGAGAUAUCAUAAACUGUGUGUAAUGAAUAAACAUUUGCAAAUGAACCAUCCUAUUCCGUUGGAAUACAUAGCAAGAAAAUCUAGAUGAUACACAGCAGAAGGAGUGAGAAGCAGACAAAGAUAAUAGAGUCACUCUCUCGUCCAGUACAGAUUGUCCAAUUGAUUUCUCCAAACAUCUGAUGUCUAUUUUCUGGAUUGGACAUUGGAAAUUCGAUGGGAUCUAUAUUUUUUCAUUCCAAUUAGUACGUCAACACAAACAUAAACCAAAGACAUUGUAGACAGAAUGUACAAAAAAAAGAGUAUUAACCAACAAAUGAGUGGGAGAGAAUAUUCGCGUUAGGAUUACAUGUUGUCCCAUUGUUUUUCAUAGAUUAUUAAUAAUUAUUCACUGUUGAAAAUGUCCUGAAAUUAACUGGCACUCAAAAUUAGAAUGAAUAAUGACGUAGAAAAAGGGAAGAAGACACGAAUUUUAUAUUAAGAAACACUGAAAUUAUUCUCUUUUCUUUUCAAUUUCAACAAGAAGAACUGAACCGAAGUGAAAUUUCUCCAAACAUUUCUAAUUAAUCAUUCACUUUCAUUUCUAAUUAAUUUUCACAUUGACAUUCCGAAAUUAGAUUUCCGUUCCAAACACGAAAUUUUUUAGAUAAGAUAGAAGAAAUGAUGAAGUGUCUUGAAAUAUUUGGAAACAAACAAAGCAAAAAUAUGACGAGAAAAUUGUAUGCAAACAGCGUUGAUGUUGAAUAUUACAUGAAAAUGUGAAAUGUGUAUUGUGAAGUAUUUAAGCAUAUGAGAUUAGAUGACAUUAAAAGUGUAAUAAAGAAAAAAAUUUAAAAAA